UCUCUCUCUCUGAAGACUACUCUCCACCCUUUGUUGUGUUUCCUUUUCCUUUCUCUCACUACGAAGAUGAAUACCUCAUUUGCCUGCGUUGCUUGUGUUAUCUCCUCUCUCUCUCUCUAGGGUUUGGUUUGGCAUUUUGUGAGGGAACUCGGAUUCACCGACGCAUCUCGCCGGAUCGCUGAUUCGGAAGCGUUUGGCUAGGUGCUUGAUCUGGAAGGAUAUUUAAAAAUUAGAACAAGUUCUUAUCGGUAGCAAGUUGAUCAAAUCAAUGGGGUUUGAGUAAUUUGUGCUCCCAUUACUAUUUUCGCGGGGAAGAUUUUAUUAACUAGUGCAUCCGAUUCUUCUGGAGUCAAUAGGGAAGUGCUGACCGAAUAGAAGAUUUUAUUGUGUCCAUGCGGGCCGAGAGCAUGCGUGGAAUCUGUGCCUUGGGUGAUGCCCCUGACACGGUUUGUUGCUGAUGCACUUGGUGUGGCAACAAUUUCUCUUGUUGCACUAUUGAUCCUUCUUGGUCUGUCUUGCAUCAUAUAUUCAUUUUACUUCCGCUGUCGGAUCCGUGGUCAAGGUUUUGCUCAGCUAAAUUACUUCAGUGGCCCUUGGGUUAUAAGAAUUACACUUAUAUUCUUUGCUGUCUGGUGGGGCAUCGGUGAAAUUAUUCGGUUGAACCUGCUGAGACGAAAGGGUCGAGUCUUGGAUGCUCUCACUUUGCAAUGGCAAGAAAAUGUUUGCAAAGGCUACAUUGUAUCGAACCUGGGAUUUGCCGAGCCAUGCCUGUUCCUUACGCUGAUUUUUCUUCUCCGCGCAUCUUUACAGAGCUCAGGAACAUUAAGUCGGAAGUGGAACAUGAAAACAGCUGGUUUCGUUCUCCUGUAUUGCUUCCCCAUGAUCAUACUUCAGCUCGUUGUAAUCUUGAUUGGACCGAGGUACAAGAAGGACCACAAUCCGAAACUACCCUCGUAUUUCAUUACAGCAGCUUCUUCUCCAAAGACGACUGAAAACAUCGCCCUCUGCACCUACCCCCUGUUGAGCACCAUUGUUUUAGGCCUCUUUGCAACUUUUCUAACGGCGUACUUGUUCUGGCUCGGAAGGCAAAUAGUUCACUUGGUCAUCAAUAAGGGCUUGCAGAAAAGGGUGUACACAUUGAUCUUCUCCGUAUCUAGUUUCUUGCCUCUGAGAGUUCUUCUGCUCGGCUUAUCUGUCCUACCCAAUCCCGAAAGACUUGUGUUUGACGCCAUAUCGUUCCUGGCUUUUCUUUCCCUUUUAUGUUGUGCGAGUGUGGGCAUCUGCAUGCUCGUCUACCUUCCUAUUGCAGAUUCCUUAUCUCUGAGAAGUCUUCAAAGAGAUAUAGAAGCCGGGAGGGCAAUGAUCGACGAGUAUAAUGACACCAUCUCAUUGAUCGCCAACCAGAGCACUCUUGAAGGCAGUCUGGUGACUAGUCCGGGGAGAAACUCAGCUGCUUCAGAAAAAUGUGGAUCGAUUUCGUUUAGGACAAGGGAAAAAGACGAAGGCUCGGAAGCAGGGUUCGUGGAACUGAGCCUCUUUGAUCCUAGUCAGCAAUUUUCCCCGCCUGGUUCGCCUGGCCUUCUUGGCUGGCCUAUGGUUGGGAGGGCACAAGGUCGUGGAGCCUAAUACUGCAGACGGCGCGGACAUCAUUUUUGGGGUAAAAUUUUCAAAACUGUGUAAAGAAUUUUAACUUGUUAGUAGUGAUUGCUAAUUUGGGUGCUGAGGUUCAAUUGUUGCUUGCUAUAUAUAUAGAUAUAUAUGUCAAUGUCGAUGUCACCCACCUUAUUUUAUUUUGGUGGCACUAUGCCUUAAUUAGUUUGAGUUGCGUGUAACAAAAUUUACAGCUUUAUGAAGAUGAUGCUUGUUUUUUGAUUUG